GUCGGCCCAAUGAGCGCCGACGAGGGCCGAGCCGUGCCGAGCCGAGGCGAGCCGAGCGGAGCCGAGCCGAGCCGAGCCGAGCCGAGCGGGGGAGGUUUGGGGCUGAGGGAGUGUUGUAGCGAGCGGGUGCCGUCAUGGCCGGCGGGAUCGUUAGGGUCGCCGGCCGCCUGGCGCGGUGGCGCCGCUCUCUUGGGAAAAGUCGCCCGCCAGGAGUUCUCCGCCAACGUUAUCCGCGAGGAGGAGCCGUUGUGGACGAGGAGUGCCUUGCGUUCCAUGAUAUUUCACCGCAAGCUCCUACGCUUUUUUCCUAGCCGCUCCCCAGAAGGCCGUUGUGAGGUUAUCCGGAGCAGAAGAUUGUGGCGCACCUCUUCUUGGCCGUUUGAUGAUUGAUGGCGAGAAGUGUGCUGCUAACCUGGGCCUGACCAAUGGAUUCCGGAUGGCUGUGAGAUACCCACCCUCAGCCCCUUCAGACUACCGCGCACGUCUCUGUAUUCUGGGUGGCCGUCAGUUGGGCCGGCCUCCUGGCUAAGAUGUUUGCACCGCAGGAGUUGCUGCACGCGUACGGAUCGCCACCGAAUGGAUUUCACGUGUUGCCCGUCAGCCUAGCCACCGUUGACAUAUAAUUGUUUUUGGUGGGUGUCUAGUGGAGGGUAAUGAAAAGCUUUGAGCAGCAUUUGCACAAUAAAGAUGGAGCAUGGGGAUAUCAUCUCUGUCUCGCUUGUCUUACUGAUGGAAAUGAUUCUGCAAGUUAAAACGGUGGGUCUCCGUCUCCCAAAGACAAUAUAGGAUGUGCUGUGUGUUUGAGGCCUUGCCGUCUUCCCCAGCUUCCAAAUAAAAGGGCGUGGGUUUUAUCGCGUACUAGCAGCAUCGACAAGCAGCAGGCGUAGAAUUAGAGAAGAAUAACGUAGGAAGAAUGCUUCCAGCUAUCGUCUGUUGUAUGGCCCCGUCGCGAGGCCGAACAAACUCCACCCGCAUGAUUUCUGACCGGUGCACGUCAGCCUGCUUUUAAGCAAUCUCGGAGUUUUGACACUGCUUUCUUUUCAGUCGCGGAUUUUGCGACGUAGAGAAAUAAUUUCUCCCGCGGAAACUUUCCCAAAUGGAGAAGACUUUGUGAUACUUGAGUCGGCGAUUGUUGCGCUUCUGCUGUCUUUGAGACUCAGCUGCCCUUCUCCAUUUCUCUUUUUUUAAUAUGAACAAAACAUUAAAAAAAAAAAAAAAAAAAAAAAAGAAGUAUUGUUCCGUAACCAGAAGGAGGAGUAGCUACAGGCACCGUAAGGCUUUUACAUGUAAUCACCUCUCGCGCUUUGUUAGGCCUCUGGCUUUGCUUGAGUCUUUGUUGAAUUGCAAUUGCAUUCAAGGCUUACUGGAGUGGGGGAGUUUCAAAAUGCUAAUAAAUAUUUGCAUUAAAAAUUAAA